UCAGUUGUUUUUCCGAGAGCAUGGAUUCCUCUCUUAUUUCAGUUGCUUUGCCAUUCCUCUGCUUCUUCAUCACAUUCUCCUAUUGUUCUAAUAAUCAAGCUGACUUCACAGAUGAUGUUUCGAUCAACUGCGGAUCAACCGGAGCUUCUGCAGCACGCAACGGUCGCCAAUGGCUUGGAGACCUACGCCCUAAACCCUCCCCAUUUCUAGAGCUAAGGGGAUCACCAGCCGCAUCAGAGCCCAUCCAUCGCUUGAGCUGUGCUGAUCCUGUUCCGUACAAGACGGCUAGAAUCUCCCUUUCGCAAUUCUCAUAUGCAUUUCGGCUCAAUAAAGGUCAGAAAAUCAUCCGCCUUCACUUCAAUCCCACUCAACACAGUGGUUUCAAAGGGUUGAGAGAUUUUUUCACUGUUGAAGUUGGACCUUUUACCUUGCUUAGUAAUUUCAGUGCUUCACUUACUGCUGAUGCUCCUUUUGCUAAGGAGUUUUGUUUGAGCACUCGAGAAAAUCAACAACUCAUCAUAACUUUCUCUCCUGAGUUCACUAUAAAAUCAAUAAAGGAUGCAUAUGCCUUCAUUAAUGGCAUUGAGAUUGUAUCCGUGCCUGCAUCUCUUUCCUACUUUCAGGGUGGUGAAAUUGGACUCCGAGUUGUUGGUGAGAAUUCCAUGGUUUGUGUUGAUGACAACACUGCACUUGAGAUAGUCCAUCGGCUACAUAUCAAACCGGAUCCUGCUCAAUCUGCUGAGGGUUUUGAUGGAGUCUUUCCGAAAUGGGCUACACGAAGUGCAGAGAAGGCCAGAAAUAAAACAUGGAAAGUGCCGGUGGAGGUGGGAUUCAGGUACUUGAUCCGGCUUCAUUUCAAGAACGCAGACGUUGGUGGUGCAAUGUUUAAAAUCCUUAUCAAUGAAAUGAUAGCUGAAAUUGUGAGGGGAAGGGAUCAAGAUAACAUUGUCUUGUAUAAGGACUACAUGGUGGAGAUGAAAGGGCGGAAACAAAAUGGCAGAAGUGAGAUCUUGAUUUCCCUCCAAUCAUUUGGUGAACUUGAAGUUCUUGCAGGAUUUGAAAUAGUUAAGCUGAGCAAUCCUGACAACAGUCUAGCUAGUCCAAACCCCAUGCCUCCACCUCAGGAGCCACGGUCUCGUAUUCUCCAAAUUUUGAUCUCUGUUCUUGGUUAUCAAAAUGCGAGUGCAACUCUUGCAAUAGCUGCAAUAUCUCUAUUGAGUAUCAUUCUUCAUGAACUGCGGGAGAUUUGGGAAUCAAGGAGCAUCGAGGAUGAACACAAGCCAUCAGCCAAGGCUGAGAGACUUUGUCGCCGCUUUUCACUAGCUGAUAUCCAAUUAGCCACUAGAAAUUUCGACGUUGGACUUCUAAUUGGAAGGGGUGGAUUCGGUAAUGUCUACAAAGGCUUCAUUGAUAGGGGACAAACAACAGUUGCUGUAAAGAGGCUAAAGUCGAAUUCCAGGCAGGGGGCACUUGAGUUUCUUACAGAGAUUGAAACACUCACCGAGCUUCGACAUAUCAAUCUUGUCUCUCUGAUUGGGUACUGUAGUGAGCUAAGGGAAAUGAUUCUUGUUUACGAGUAUAUGAUUUGUGGUACACUGGCUGACCACCUCUACAAACUUGGAAGGUACAACAGUAAUCAUUCUUCUCUCAUCUGGAAGCAACGGUUGGAUAUCUGUGUUGGAGCAGCACGAGGACUUGAGUAUCUUCAUACUGGUCAUAGGGUCAUACAUCGUGAUAUAAAGGCUUCGAACAUCCUUCUUGAUGAAAAUUUUGUAGCCAAGGUCUCAGAUUUCGGCUUGGCUAAACCUGAAGACAGGUUGCGGAGCCAUGUAAGCACAAAGGUUAAAGGAACAUUUGGGUACUUAGAUCCAUAUUACCUCAACACUCAAAAGCUUACCAGGAAAAGCGACACAUAUGCUUUUGGUGUGGUUUUGUUGGAGGCAUUGUGCGGGAGACCAGCAAUUGAUUCAUUUGCAAUAGAGGAUGAGCGGAUUCUAACCAGGUGGGCUCGAGAUAAGAUUGAUAGGGAAGAAGUUGAUCAGAUUGUUGAUUCUUCCCUCAGAGACGAAAUCUCAGUAAGCAGCCUGAAGGCAUUCGUUGAGAUUGCUAAUAGAUGUUUGCAUGAUGAGCCAGAGAAAAGGCCUACCAUGGCUCAAGUUGUGGUACAACUUGAGUUUGCACUUGAUCAGCAAGAGAGUAAACAACGAGCUGAUAACGUUGCUAAUGAUGUCUAUCCAUCUAUUGAAGACAGUCUAUCCUCUGAAGAUACUGAGGAAAAGACAUUUACUUCUCCUACCAAACAGACUAACUCAUGUUACUCUCCAACUGCUAAAGGAGAUGGGAAGAAACCAAAAUCACGCCAGCCGUUGAGAUUCUGGACUUGGGGUGCCUUCAGGAACAAGAUAAAACCAUCUAAGAGAAAAGAGCUGAUGGGCUUAAUAUCAGAACUUAGUGCAUCAUACAUUAAAUUGCCAAAGUUUGAUCUGACCAUCAUUGCCACUGCAACCAAUCAGUUCUCCGAUUCACAGAAGAUUGGAGAUAGCGUACGAUGUUCUGUGUAUAAGGCUGUAUUACCAACAGGACAGACAGUUGGCAUUAAAAGGUUUGCUUUAUCAUGGCUUGAUCUCAAUGAGUUCAAAAAUGAGAUUUUUUUGACUUCCAGAUUCAAUCACCACAACAUCAUUAAUCUACUUGGUUACUGCAUUCAUGAAAAUGGAGAGGCGAUCUUAGUCUAUGAUUACAUGGCGCAUUGCACGUUAUUUGACCAUCUCCACAACUCGGGGAAUUCCCCAUUCACAUGGAAACAACGCCUUCAAAUUUGUAUAGAUGCUGCCAAGGGAUUAAGCUAUCUUCAUACUGGUUUUGAAUACCCUAUUAUCCACCGCAAUAUUAAGUCCACCAGUAUACUACUGGAUGAAAGAUGGAUUGCCAAACUGUCUGAUUUUUCCCAGUCAAGAGCAGGGCCCUCAGCUGAGCGUGACACCCAUUUUAACACAUUGGCGCAAGUCACCUUAGGUUACCUGGACCCUGAGUACUUCCACACUUCUCGGUUGACAGAAAAGUCUGAUGUAUACUCGUAUGGUGUGGUGUUGUUUGAAAUUUUGUGUGGUAGGAAAGCAAUGGAUAUAAGCUUAGAAAUAGAGCGGAGGAACUUGGCGACCUGGGCAGCAUCAUGUUUCAGGAAAGGAAAACUUGAAGAGAUAGUUGAUUCUAGCCUCAAUGGCGAUAUUUCUCCUGAAUGCUUGAAGAUAUUUGCUGAGACAGCCAUUGCAUGCGUGGAUCUUCAAGGGGUUGAUCGGCCAGCUAUGAGAAAUGUUGUUCGCGCUUUGGAGUCUGCUAUGCAUCUGUAAGAAUCAGCAGAAAGUUUCACCUUAGGUUCCUUUAGAUUGAUGAUAGUGAAGUGAACUGGCUGUAACUUUGCUGGAAAGUUUCAUGUUUUAUCUAUUCAUGUAUAGUAUGUAAAACAACUCAGUGAUCUUAUUUUAUUAUAAUGGGUUGGAGCAGGGUGACAUUUAAUUGGA